CACAGUGCGGGGAACAGGUCCUUCAAAUGAAAGUAGGACAGCAGAAAUAUGGCAGGCAGGGAGGUUCUCCGAUGACAAUGUUAAGAGAGAGCGGAUCACGACAGCGGCGUGUUCAGCCAGGCACAAUGAUGCAGAAAUAUGGCUGAGAAAUGAUUCCCAGUGAAACAUAAGCUUGUUUGUCAUCAGUUCUUUAUAGUGUGUACAGACAAACACACAGAACACAAAUAUAAUAGAUUCAGAUUCACAGGUGCAUUUGAACGAUAAUCCAAAUUAAUUAGCCAUUCUUAGACCAAAGUAACAAUAAUAAGUGGCGCGUGUUAGAUUUAAAAUCGCUCUGUAAAAACGAGACUUCUCCCUCCGCCUGUGUUGCAGCACAGCUGAAACCAGGUCAUCUUGUUUUCUUUGUGGUAAAUGUAUAGCUGCACGAAGACGCAGAUACGCUGGUCGUUAAAGCACGCUGAUGGCGUUAUCUAACCAAUGCUCAAUACGCAAUCAUUACCAUCGUAUAGCUGUAACCUCCAUGUGCUCCUCAUUUUCAGUUGUGGCCUAUGACACUGAAGUCGGCUGGAUUUUGAGUGUCGGAGCCAUGUUCACCUUCUCACUGUUGGCUCCACUGGGGACAGACGCCACCAGAACAAUAGCGGCACACGUGAUGCUCGCAUUUAAUAAGAGGAAGCCGGUGCUCUCCAAGUUGUUCUCUGUAUCCCUGACUCCAAUAAGAGUGUCUGGUCAGCCUCCGACUAGAAUAGGGCCCAUUUAAAAGAUACAAGUGAGGAGCAGAGCGUAGAGGGGCAGCCGAGACGAUGAUUGAAAUGCCCUGCAGAGCUGAGAUAAGAGUUGAGAAAGAAAUAGCGGUAAACACUACGGAGAGCCCACUCGAAGAACAUUUCCCCCACAUUUAUUCAAAACUUCCUCUUUGAGGAAUAGAUUAAAUGCUCAAGGGCACAUCAGUAAGACCUUAAGUUCUGUGAAAUUAUUUAGAAAUGUAGAAGAAAUGGCGCGGCAUAAAAAAAUAAGUUGUUUUUGUAAGAUUAGCAAAGCACAAAUAGUUUUGCUUUUAAGAGGGGCUGGUUCAAAGGGAAUAAGUUUCCCUUCACCCAGCAGUGAUCCACUCUUAUAAAUAUGAAGGAUUUGAGUUUUGGCACACCAUUUCUUAAUUAUUACUUCAAUACAACACAUUGUAUGUAACUUCUCAGGAAUUAUGAAAAACUGCUUCAUGUGUAUACUGACCGCCACACAUUUUUGAAAGGAUUUCAUUAGAUAUUUGAGGAUUUUUUCCACUUUGAAUCAUAUGAUCCUACAAAAAAAUAUAAGACUCUUUCAUUGGAUUAGCCAGAGUCUCACUCUGCAACUAAUAUGUCGCUGGAUACUGAGUUUAUGUUGGAGCGGAGGAAUGCAGUUCUUACAAUGAUAUGAGAUUGGAUUUUGGUUAUUCUAAUGCCGUGUAGGGCUGCAGCUAACAAUUACUUCCAUUAUUGAUUAAUCUGUCUGUUAUGUUCUCAAUUUAUCAGUUGAUUGUUCAGAAAAUGUCAGAAAAUAUUCAUAAUUUCUUAAAGCCCAAGUUGCCAUGUUCGCAUGCUGAAAUGCUAAAUUCAAUGCUUGUUUUAUUUGCUGACCAACAGUCCAAAACUCCAGAACAAAGACAUUAAAAUAAAUAAUAUAGAAGACUAAGAAAUCCAACAAAUAGUCACAUGGGAGGAGCUUGAUUAUUUUUGGAAUUUUUGCUGGAAAAAUAGUUAAACAAUUGAUGGAUUAUUGUAUAGGUACAGAUUCAUUUUCUAAUUGAUUAAUUUAAUAAUUGUUUAAGCUCUUAACUAUAAGGAUACAGCUUGAUGUCCUUGUCUGAUUUGAAAGGAAAAAUAGUUAUAGUUAUAGGGGUGAAGUGAACGACUGCCUCCAGCUGCUCUGCCAUCACCUCUCUCUCCUCUCUAAUGCUUCCUCCCCCCUCUUUUCUCUUACCAUUGUGACCAACCAGUACUCGUCUUUUCUUUUUGACCCAUCUUGUGGACUCUGCUGCAUCACUGAAGACAAACUGUUUCAGUCUAAAGUGACAACAGUCCGCUUCCUCCCUCCCCCUCCUUGCAGCCCACACAGGCACUGGCCUCUUCCACAGCAGAGACUCUCACACACUGAUGCGGGCAGGGCUUGACAUGCAAAUAUAACCUGAGUAGGCGGCAGCCUGCGAGCAGAGUGUGCAGCAAUGUGAGGACUCUCACAAGCCCCGCCCACAGAAGCCAGUUGCUAAGCAACCCCGCCCGCAAGGGGGGGGGGGGCGGGAGGAGGAGGGGCCGUGAAUUCAACAACUGUUGCCUGAAUCUGAGCUCUCACUGUGUGAAUGCGAGUCGGCCGGCGAGCGCAGUCAGCGAGGGAGGGAAAGAGCGUGAGGUGCAGAGUCUGUGCUUGUGUGUGUGUGUGUGUGUGUGUGUGUGUGUGUGUGUGUGUGUGCGCAAGCGAGUGUGCCGGUGCAGUGUUUUUAAAGUGAACGAUACAUCCGCUCCUCUGCCUCUCUACUUUGGACUAAACCACUAACAAGGACUCACCCUUUGGACUAUCCCGACUCCACUUGCCUUUAAAGGGAACACCUGUGUGUGUGUGUGUGUGUGUGUGUGCGCGUGUGAGCGUGUGAGAGCCGAGACAACGGACUUAGCCCCGGUGAACAGUGGAUGACUUCAGUGGACAAGGGUUUCGCUGGUGGGAAGAGGGGGACUGCCGACCAUGGACUCCCCUCACUAGUAAACGGGCUGUCCUCGCGCUGCUCUGUCCCGUCCCUUCUCAUCCCGGUCUGCUCUCCACUGCGCCCCCUCAUCACCGUUUCCUCUCCCGGCCUCAGUCGCCCGGUGGCUCAUCGGUCGCGGCUCAACAUCUCUCUGAUGGGCGGUGAGGAGGAGCGGCUUUGUCCGGACAUCAUGUGCACGCGGGCCUUUCCUGACCUCGUCCCUGAGUGCCAGCUGUUCCCAGGAGAGGUGGAGGAGCCUGAGGAGGAGGUGGCAGACGAGGGCAGGGAGAGGGAAUCGGACCGAGACAGUGCAGUGGAAAGCACCCAAGGGUCAGACACCUCCGACGGGCCCAUCCGACCUGAAGACAAGGAAGACGCACUGGGGCAUCUCUUUUUCCCUGGGGAGAAGUGUGGUCAGACCAGCGUCUCGGUGACCUCCGACCUGUCCCUGAACGAGGAGCAGUUCGAGGACUACGGAGAAGGGGAGGAACCGGACUACGCUCCCAGCAGCCCCUGCCCGGACGACGAGACUCGAACCAACGGGUGCUCCGACCUCGGCUCAUCCGUUCCCUCUAGUGCGGGCCAGACUCCUCAUAAGGUGCGUCAGCAUUACACCGGUGAAAUGAUGGAUGUCUACUGCUCUCAGUGCAGCAAAAAGGUCAACCUGCUGAACGACCUGGAGGUUCGCCUCAAAAACCUCAAGGCUAACAGCCCCAACAGGAAAAUCACCAGCACUGCUUUUGGAAGGCAGCUGCUUCACAAUAGCAACUUGAGCAGCAGUAACGGCAGCACGGAAGACCUUUUCCGAGACAGCAUCGACUCCUGUGACAUCGACAUCAACGAGAAGGUGAGUUCUCUGGAGAAGAAGGUUGCAGAACUGGAGAGCGAGAUCCUGAUGAGCGGAGAGCUCAAGUCCAGGCUGAAGCAGGAGAACACGCAAAUAGUACACAGGGUUCACGAGCUCGAAGAGCAGCUGAAAGACCAGGAGACGCGAGCAGAGCAGAGCGUGGAGGAGGGCCUGAGACGACACCGGGAGUCCUACAGCAAGAUGGAGAGAGACAAGAACACGCAGAUAGAGCUGCUGACCAACCGAGUGAAGCAGGUGGAGGAGGAGAACAGUGAGAUGAGUCUGAGCUUGUGCCGGUUCAAAUCACAGACGGAGAAACUGGAUGAGGAGAAGCAAAGGAUGACGGACAAGCUGGAGGACACCAGUCUGCGCCUGAGGGACGAGAUGGACCUCUACAAGAAAAUGAUGGACAAACUGAGACAGAACAGACAGCAGUUCCAGAAAGAAAAGGAAGCCAUGCAGGAGCUCAUUGAGGACCUGCGCCGCGAGCUGGAGCAUUUGCAGCUCUUCAAGCUGGAGGCGGAGAGGACCGGCCGCAGUCGCAGCUCUUCCUCUGGGCUGGCGGACUUCAACAGCAGGACCAGGGAGGUGGAGCUCGAGCACGAGAUCAAGAGGCUCAAGCAGCGAUUUGUGUCCCAGGACUUUCUCCCCCUUGAACUCCAGCACCUGGUGUUGUCUGGGGCUCGGCUCCGUCCUGGUCUGAUGGAGAACCAGAAGCUGAGGGAGCAGAACGAUGAGCUCAACGGUCAGAUCCUCAGCCUCAGUCUGUACGAAGCCAAGACGCUGUUCGCCACGCAGACCAAGGCCCAGUCCCUCGCCGCUGAGAUAGAGAACGCCUCCAGAGACCAGUUGAUGGAGGCCCUGAAGGAGCAGGAGGAAAUCAACACACGUCUGCGACAGUACAUGGACAAAAUCAUCCUGUCCAUCCUGGACCACAACCCCUCCAUCCUGGAGAUCAAGGGCGAAUAGCAGUGACUCAACUGGAAUGAGAAUCGGGGGAUCAUUCCAGUUGAUUGGACAGAACCCGAAACCCGGGUCAGGAACCUGUACAGGAGAGCAGAGGGAACCAGAGCCAGGCUCGAGAAACUGGAACAUAUAAAUAAACACGCGUCGCCACCUGCUGUUGGUGGCGGGAAGAGAACCUCUCGAAUGGGAUCCUGUGCUGAACUAAAAGGGAGUUUUAUUUCUCGAGCAGGGAUCGCUCCCUGGCCGCAGGUCAAUGCUACUGUGACUCUUCUACCCUGCUCUGUUUUCAUCCGCUGUCUGUUCUGUGAACUGUAGCUACUGUCAACAACUUCUGAUCUCACGUGACAAAACGGGUGACUUCUCCACUGGAACAUCCUGCGCUAACUGAGGAUCAACAGAGUCGCCCGAUGUAGUACACUGGACUCAUGUACCUUGGCAUGACAACUGGAACAAUGUGACAGACCUGUAUCCUGGUGUAAUACCGGCUGUAUUGUCCACAGAUAGGAUGUUUUAGGAAAAUACAGUGAAACCAGACCCUUUUAGAGGCAUGAAGGCAGACCAGACCAGCGUCGCCUGAUCUAUAAACUGCCCGUCUCUUCUCCCCUGUCACGUAGGCGUUCUCUGAAGAACGCAUGUUGACAUUUAAUUCGGACCGGCGCGUUUUUUUAAGAAAGGAUAGAGAAAGGUGUCAGAAGUGGUCAGAGGGAGAAAACAAUAAGAGCCCCUACGACUACAAGGGAAGCGGAAGAUGUGGGGCGUCAGACGGCAAGCGAAGGAGGGUUUUAAGUGAAGUCGGUGAUGGUUAAUCGAAGGUGAAUUUGUCUUUGUUAAUUCUUGAGAACAUGUCUUCCAGUGAGUCAAUCAGUCCGGUAAGUGGCCCUUAGAGCGUCACUUUAAGGAGCAGGUAGCUGCGACCGAGGAGUGUCUUUGAACUGUAACUUCCAUGGCUGCUAUUUGCUAGCAAUGCAUCGGCUUGAAAUAAAAAGUACAUCGUUGCUAGCAGUAGACCCGAUGACGUUGCACAGAAAUGUAAGGAUAUGAAUGUACAGGGUGUGUGGUGACCGGUGGCCGUUGUCACACGGGUCGACCGAAUCAACUCUCCAUGCUCAGUGAAAUCAACUCAGAUAUUGUACGUGAGCAGCACAGGAGACUCACUUUUUGGUACAACAAAACAAACAAACUGGAAUUGGCAAUCUCAUUGAAGGUUGCAGAUUGUUUUUUAAAAGCCCUCUGAAACUCUCUUGGUACUGUAAAUAUCACGAAUGUACAACUGGAUGUUUCACUUUCUGUGACUUUGAGUCGCUGUACUGGUUCUAGGAUACGUCGUAACACACAGGUACUGUAAUGAAGAGGGCAUCGUUCACGAGAAGGGAAACAAUUACAAUCUGCUGUAUUAUGUAAUUAUUCCAAACUUAAGUUUUGCUUCCUUGCACAAAAAAAAGAAGUUUCCUUUUUGCAUGGUUCCCCUCUCUCUUCUGUCUGUGCCUUUUUGAGGACAUUUUUCAAGACGACGUCGCUAUAGAUUCACAGCAUUUCCAAGGUACGUUCUGUGUUUACGUCUGACAUAUUUCCUUGACUUGUAAAUGUUGUAAUUACAUAUAGUGAUACUUUGUAUUCAUGUGCCACUCACCACUCUUUUUUCAGAUUGAUACUAUAUAAACUAUUUUCUACAGUUUUAUCAAGAAGGAAGCCGGCGUGUCGCUUUUCGGUUUCCUAUUAGAAAAGCGGUAUAGAACAACGCCUUGUAAGGCGCGCAGGCCAGGUUAGCGUCUUGGGAAUAUUUUGUCAAUGUGAUGAUUUUAUAAUGCGGUCGGGAAUGUCAUAUUUCAGGUCUCAGUUCUUUGUUAGUCCUUUGUUAGUCCCUGGUAAGUUAAUUGCUUUUCAAUCUGCUUUAAAAUGGCUUUUAUAUGGUUGUAAACUGUCUUCCUAACUUAAACAAAUGGUGAGCAUUAUGAGCAAUAUUAACUUAUUUACCAAUACCUGUUGAUUUGUGUCUUGUUUUGCUUCACAAAUCUUUUUACUCUAUAGCUGCUCGUUCCAUAUCUUGAUUAAAAAAAAGAAAAAGCAGUAAUUUAAGCUGUACAAUUUGUCACCAACCCAUUUUUGUAGCUCUUAAAUUUUGAAUUAUUAGGGCUAUCUAAUGCAAUGUAGUCACUAUAAACGGCAAUAAAAAUGGCUUUGGCAGUGAGGCUGUCUCAUGAA